UUGUUUACGGGCACUCUCCCCUCUCUUGGAGGUUCUGUUGUUGACGCUCUGUUGCCCGCAGUUACGCGCAGCUGUUGCCAAUGUGAGGGCGCAGGAAGGAGGCGGUUGCAGCGACAGCUCGUCCUUUAUUAGUCUUUGUGGGGAUAAUAUUAAUAACGCGGUCUGUGUAACGCAUCAGCAUGCGAAUAUGUGCCGGAGCGGGCCGAUUCGUGAUUCAGCUGCAACCACGGAGGAUCACAUCGAGGAGAUGACAUCGUUGAUUCUGCAGGUUGCCUGCAGCCUGAUUGGGUGGAUCUCGUUGUACGCCUCGCUCUGCGGUCUGAACGGUCGCCGUGGUUACGAGUGGAACUGCCGCCUGGUGACGCUGUUUCACGGGGUUCUGAUCGUAUGUCUGUCUGCCUACGUGGGAUUCAUUGAUGGCCCGUGGCCCUUCACAGACCCAGGUGAUUCAGUAAAGAGGCAUUUAGCCCAAACCUUGGGUACUUAAACUGU